UGAUAAACUUAUUAAAUAGAUGUAAAACAUGAAGCUUCUAACUCACAACUUGAUGCAAUCUCACGUCAAAGGCGUCAAAAACGGAUACCCUUUCAAACUAGAAGUUACAAUUAAGAAGAUUAACGAUAUUGAUUUCAACCCUGAUUUUGUGACGCGCAUGAUGGAAAAGAUUGACUGGAAAGUUUUGAAGGAAGCAGCUGAACAAUGCUACUCAACCGAAAUAGAAUCUGGCGAAGAAAUGAAUCCGAAAGUGAAACUGUUGCCAGAUGAACCGCCACAGAACAUUAAUGACUCGGGCGACUCUGAAUACAGCGAGGACUUCCUCAGACUGGUCCACCAUGCUCUGAUGGAAAUUGAGGUGCAAGAGGGCUUCCUGGUGUGUCCCGAAUCAGGCAGGAAGUUCAAGGUCACACGAGGUAUUCCCAAUAUGCUACUCACAGAGCAGGAAACAAAGUAAAGAGAAGAGAGAGGAAAAACUGUUUUUGAAUCUCUCAAUCUCAAUGUUCCUCUCUUAAUCUGGUGCAGUUUUGAUGAUAGAUAGAUUUGUUGAUGGUUUUGAUUUUUUUUAUGCUGAAAAGUUAAGUUUAUCUUUGUUUUUGAAGCUAUGUUCACGAUCAGCUCGCAGCUGGUAAUUGCCUUGUACUAUUUUUCGAGAGCGGUUUUUACAGAGGUGCAGAUAUUGAGAACCCAAUCUGUUAUUAUAUAUCGAUGGGUCUCGUGUUUGAUUUGGGUUUUGGUUUCGAGCUCAGUGAAAUCUAAGUCUGAUGAAACCUAAGUCUUGCUUAGUUUUCUUUGAAAUCGUAAACAAAAUAUUACCCGACAAUAUAUUCUGGAUAAGCGUUGAAAUUGGCACCGUUUUCUCUUAUAGGUGACUCUUUAGGAACUCUCAGUUAAAAAACAUAAUUGACAUAGCUAUGGUGGAAAAAGAAUAUGGUCGAAUAUAGCUAUGGUCGAAUCAUUCCCACCACGCCCCCCCCUCCCCUGGUUGGUCCUGCAUUGAGUAGGACCGAGGGCAAUAAAAAAGUUGAAUGGACUGACUGAACGUAUUUGCUUUCUAUACCUCAAAACGUAAUAUCACCAAAUUGAUCAUGCUUAUUUUUCUUCAAGUUAAUUUUUAGUAUUU